GCGGCUGUCAGGCAUCACUGGUUCUUACUGCCUCAGGGAGCAGCGUCCCACCUGCAGCAUGGCAUCUGAAGAGCUGGCUCGGAAGCUGCAGUCUCGACUGGCCGCUACGGAGGAGGCUGAGCCGAGGCCGGAGCCCGAGCGGAGCCCGGUCCGACCCAAACCGCGGGAGUCCGAGGCACCUUGCGGCGACUCGUCUUCCGAGCUGUCCGCCAAACUGACCCGCAGGAUGGACAUCAACGAGGGCAACGCUGCACCUCGACCGACCCGCGUCUUCAAUCCCUACACGGAAUUCAAGGAGUUCUCCCGCAAACAGAUUAAGGACAUGGAGGCGAUGUUCAGACGGUAUGACACCGGGAAGGACGGCUUCAUUGACCUGAUGGAGCUGAAGCUGAUGAUGGAGAAGCUGGGAGCUCCACAGACCCACCUGGGCCUCAAGAACAUGAUCAAAGAGGUGGAUGAAGACUUUGACGGCAAACUGAGCUUCAGAGAGUUCCUGCUGAUCUUCCGCAGAGCAGCAGCUGGAGAGCUGCAGGAGGAGAGUGGUCUGAUGGCUCUGGCCAGACUGUCGGAGAUCAACGUGUCCACUGAGGGAGUGAUGGGGGCCAAAGACUUCUUUGAAGCCAAGAUGCAGGCUCUGUCUCUGGGCAGCAAGUUUGAGGCUGAGAUCCGGGAGGAAAAAGAAGAACGCAAGAGACAAGACGUAGAGAAAAAGCAGAGACAAGCGGCCUUCAAGCAGCUGCAGUCCACCUUCUGCUCUUGACCCACAUCAGGAGGCAGAUAACAGUCCUGACAGGCACAGUCAGUGUAACCCAGAUUUUAGAAACAGCUUCACACUCCACUUAUACUUAAACCAGUGUCUCAGAAUGAUGACACACUAUAACAAAAAUAGAUGGAUUUAAGUGCAUACUCACUAAGAUACUUGAAAAUAUCUCAAUAACACAACACAGGAGAGGUUCAUUCAUGCCAGACUUUCUGCAGCUGUUUCAUUAAAAAAAACACAAACAGGCGAAAACAGGACUUCAGAUGUAUCAGGAAAUAUUUAGUGAACUCUCCAAAUUCAUGCAAAUAUCUUAGAUUAUUGAGCAUAUUCUGUGGAUUUGUUCUUUGUUGUCGAAAAGUUGUGACCUUGAGGCCGUUUGAACUCGUUCAGGUAAAGUGAAGCUGUUACACUAUGUUGUUUUGUUUGUGAAACAUUUUGAAUUUCAUGUUCCAGUUUGGUCACAUGAUCCUGUUUUGUCCUCACCUUCCUAACACUGUUACUGUGAGUGUAAUCCAAUCAGCAUCUACUCCACAUCCUGCAGUGCAUUAGAAACAGUAGUAACAGAUCAUAGUAUGAAUAACUGUGUCGCUAUAGUAUAAUUAUAGUAAGUAUUAACAUGAUAUUGGUUGGUGGUAAAUGGAGCCUUUGUGCGGCUUUGGUCACUGACUUUGGCUCUUGGCCUGUCUGAACAUGUACAGUCCCCAGACUCUGGCUUUGAUAAUGACUGGAAACUCUGAGGGAUACACCCCCUCAUGCACAGAUGAAACUGAGCCACAUUAGUAAAAGCACAUGCUAAGUUCAAAAUGGAGGACAGCUUCCUCUGAGGCACCAGGGUUUCUCACCUGGACUGUGAUUCUGUUUUUAGGACCUAAAGUCUCAUGAUCCCAGCAGUUAGCUGAAACAUGGCUCACGUGAGUUUGGCUGUGAUGUAGUUUAAAUAUUCUAUUUUCAUGAGCAUGCAGUGCAUGCAGUGCAAGUGAAUUACUUACUCUAGAGAUUCUUAUAUAUUUGAAAUGGGUGUAGCUAAUUUUCCAUGUAAAUAGAUGCGUAUCAGAGAUCUACAGGCCUGCAUGUAUGAUAAGUGACUCAAGGUCCUCCUUCAGUCUGCUGUAGUUAGUGGCCACUGAGUCUAUGGAUCCACCAAACACUACAUCAGUGGUAGUCUACAACACUACACUGGAUCCUACAUUCCCCAUAAUGCAAUGCUUGGUAUCAUCUUUGAUAAGACCCUCCCUCCCUGGUAAAAUGUCCAAACCUGUCAAACUCUCAGUGUGUAGUUUUCUCCUCCACAGCCUUGGAAAACAUAAUAUAGUUAUUUUUAAGGCUGAGUGGCACCAGCCAUGACUACUAAACUGAUGUUGAUGUGUAGAAUCAGUGGAUUGGCUAGUAUAGCAGAGGGGGGUGGAGACUGACGGGGAGGGUACAAACUGGAGUUUUUAAGACCCCACAGGCCCAUUGAUAUGACACACCCAGUGGGAUUUAUCUCAGUGUGCCUGAUGGUCGGUCUGAUAUGGAUCAGAAUGUUGUGUUGUUGUGAAAGGAUGUGUGUUAAGUGAGGGGGUGUGGCCGUGGGAAUAACAUUGCUUGAUGACAUGAUGAGGACUCAGGGGGACUGCUCCUUCACAUGCAGCUGACAAAUUGAAAUGGAGCACUCAGACAGGUUCCGUCUGUCAUGUCAUGUUCCCCUGAAAAGGGAUUCAACUGUGGGUUGCUAUGGCAACACUGUCACAGCACAUGACAUGGAACAAAUCCCAGGAGGAGCCGGUCAUAUUUUGGUGAGAGAACAAAGUUCUGGUGCUGCAGUCAGAGUCCAGCUGACUCAGAAACAUUGGAGACAUGCAUAUGUCUCCACCCUGUGCUCAGGAGUAUCUGACAGCUGUUCUCUACAGUAAUGAAAAGCAGACUGUGUGUGAACCAGAGCUCAGACUCACACUGAACUGUGUGUGGUCAGUAACACAGACAGUGACACUGACACUAAAAGGAAUAGUUCAGUAUUUUUGGAAAUAUUAUAUAUAUAAUACUUUCUUUCUUCCAGUGGGAGAUGUUCAGAUGGAUCUCACUGUCAUGCCCGUGUGUUGAGUCAGGCUGUGGUUAGCUUAGCUUAGUGUUCAGACUGGAAACUGAACCGUAAAGCUCCCUAACACUUUUCUUUUUAGCUUGUUUGCCAUUUCUGUGCAGAUGAAACAAGGUUAAAACACAUGUUUGCCACAGUAACUUGUGGUACUGUUUUACCUCAUGGAUGAAUUACUGCAAAAUAUAGCUGCAGCACAUAACUGUUCCUAAAACCACAAAUUGUUGUCUUUACAUUUCUGUUUUCUAAACAUAUUUAACAAAUAAGCUGUAACAUGUUUAUGAGUGAACCUUACAGAUGGUGGUUGGAGUGGUUUUUCUCAGUUUGGACAGAGCCAGGAUAGGGGUUUCCCCCUGCUUCCAGCCUUUAUGCUAAGCUAAGCUAAGCUAACCACGUCCUGACUCCAGUUCUGUACUGAACACACAGACCUGAUAUUAAUGUUGACGGUCACACUUAAAAAUGAAAAUGUUGAGCUAAUUCUUUUUAAAUAAAGCUGUUUAAGAUGAGAGUGGAGCACCGUGACAGUCAGGAGGAGAAGAUGUGUUUGAGUUUGCAGCAGAGGAUGUAGUCCACUCUCCUCAGAGAGAAAACCUAAACAUCACCAUGCUGCUGCUUCUUUCCUUUUUUUUCUUGGCAUUAGUGUGCAGUGUUACUUUAGAAGGACAGUGCCACAAAUAGGCUAUGCAUCACAUUCACAAUACACCAAACCUAAAAGUAAGUGUAAGGAUAGCAUUUCCAUGUUUUCAGCCUGCUCUGUCCUAACCCCGAUCCAGCCUAUGUCAGAGCGUGUCAGCUUGGGCGACCGAGUCCAUCUGGGGAUCACAUACAGACGUACUGUGAUGAUAUUAAAGAAGUAAAGAAAAUGAUUCUGUAAUAUUCCACAUCAAAGAACUAUAGAGUCUAUUUAUGUAUAACAUAAUGAAAUAACAGAAAAAUAUGAAAAUAAACAAAUUUGAAGUUCAGUUCAGUCAUGUAAAUAUUUAAUUUGUUUAACAACUUUGGUGUCGUUCAAAUUUUAGACCAUGAAAAUGGAGUCCUGAGCCUGAAAGAGCUGAGAGGCCCUGACCUAAGCAGUGCUUAAUGUCAAGUACAGUUCAUGUGUUUGGUCCUUUAUUUAAUCUGUCGUAGCAUGUUCAAGUUGUCACAUAAAAAAAAAAACUACUGUUGGUACCACAGAUCAUCUUUACUAUUUGUUUAGGAAAUGGACAGUGUAUUUUUUCAUGAAUAAAAUAAUCUAUAUUGUUAUUUGUUUUAGCAGAGACUUAUAAGUUGCCAAAUAUAAAAAAAAAAAGGUCAGUGAAAUAUAUUUUUGGGAACUUGUAAAAGUAGCGUGUUGUUUUACUCCC